UAUGGCAGUCGACGUUUAUUUUGCGUCGGCAGAAAUCGUUAAGCUAGUUAAGGAUGGAUGCGACGACGCCAAGUUUGAUGGGGAUUGUACUCAUAAAAUCAUUUACUCUGCAGUGUACUUUCCGGUUAAUGCCAUUUGUUUAUUUGUCGCUUCGGUUUUUAUCUGGAUUCUAUUCUGGAACAUGAAAAUUGAGUACGGAGAUUUUAUUGAAAAGCUACUAGUGCAAAGUCGAGAUAUUGAAGAACUUGUGCAACAGGCUAGAAACGGAAGUAAUAAAGAAAAAAGGAUAGCUGCCUUCGAAUUAGCCACAUUAGCAGCUACGAGCGACGACAAUAAAUUCAAAAUUGUUGCCAACGAUGGCUUAGAUAUUCUUACUCAAUUAGCUUUAUCAAGAGAUGAAUCUACAAGAGAGCAAGCGGUCGAAGCUAUUAACGAAAUGAUAAUGAUUCCUUCUAUCCAAGAAUCAUUUAUCGAAAAAGGAGGUAUAACCACUAUGAGCGCCCUUCUAAGAACAAAUAACUCCCGAUUGGUAGCGAAUGCUUCGUCAGCUAUACAGAUAAUUGUGUCGGAAACAGACGAAAAUAAGGUUGCUUUCGCCGACAGACAAGGACUUCAAGAUUUGGCAUACGCCGCUAAGAGAGCUACAAUUUCAACUCAACGUCUGAUAGCUGCAAUAUUCCUGGAAUUGAGUAUUCACCGUGUUGUUAGAAAUAAGAUGACCACGACAAAUCAAUUAUUCGAAGCGCUAGAGGAACUCGCUCAAUCGAACGAUCCACAGAUUCAGCGUAAUGCUCUACAAACCCUCGAAAUAUUAGCCAUGGAGAAUAGCGAUAGAAUAUGUGAAAGAGAGCAACUUCUUUUCAUGUUACUUGAUAUUCCAUCACUAACUGUAGACGAAAUCGUCUAUCAGUUAACAAGUAGAAUCUUGCUAUAUUACGCACAAAAUCCUUUAACGUGUGAAUCAAUGCUGAAUCACCCUCGUUUCAAGGAAACAAUGACGGUAUUCGCAAAAACUAAGGAGGUCGGCUUACAAAGAUCUACUAUUCGAAUAAUCAACUUUACCUUUGAAUUGCCACAUUUGAAGGAAAAGGCUCAGAGCAUCAGGAUUGAAGAUACAUUAAAUGUUCUUAAAAAGCAUUUUGCCGAGCGAGAAAUCUGGGAUCUGGCUGAUGAGAGCUUGCGAUACUUGAAUGAGGAAACUACGUUGUCGCGCAUUCCUAACAUGACAUCAAAGGAAAAAAUUGCCAGGAUGGAUUUUAACGAGUUCGGAUCAAAAGCCUCGCUAAGAAGUGGUCCAAGCUCCUCUUAA